AUGAACCCUGACCCUAUGGACAUUCUCGGAAUCCCAUCUUCCAUGCCUGUCCCUGCAGACCCAUUGAACGUCACCGCUGCUAAGCAGGACUCUAAUGUGAGCAUUAGUAUCAUGAUCGCACACAGUCACAGCCCGCGAUGCAUGGAAAACCGGCUUGACGCAUUACGUAUGAAAGACUCGGCUGAUACCACUGACUACGUCGGACAGCACACUGUGCUUUGGGAACGUCUUCAUGACUCAGGCACUGCUCUUCGUGACAGCGACACCAUAUACAGUCUAUUAAUCAGACUUCCACAUAUGCCCAUAUGGCAACAGUUCAAGUCAAUGCUUGAACAGAGAAUGCACAACGAGGUGAUGACAGCGACACCGGGGACACCCUCACUCUUCACAGCCAUUCACUCCCGUCCAGGCUCUGAGUAUGCUAACGCAGCUUCCUCCAACUCAACCAACUCCACCAUCAACCUGAUCACUGGUCUUUGUAAGCACCGACACAACCCAGAUGGUGUCUUUUGCACAAUGCCGGGGUGUAAUAAGGGCAACGACGACCACGCGCAUUGCUAUGGUAAGGGAGGUGGCAUGGAAGGCCAAGCACCCUGGAUGAGGAAUAAGAAGACCUCCGCCGUUGCAGCAGCUGCAACCACCUCCGCUCCUGUAGCCGCACCUAUGCCUGCUCCCACGCCUGCCAUCGCGGCCACUGUAACUGGGCUCAGCAGCCUCAUGUCUGACAUGUCGUUCGCAUCAAUAUCUGAAGUUCCUGACAACGUUUCAUGCCUUACAGCCCUCCCAUUCACCACCAUCCUAGACUCAUGA